AUGUCAGGAGUUGUUCACGUCAUGCCUGUUACUCCAGAACCAGCUCACGUCAUGUCUGCCAAGCCACAGCCUGCUCACGUCAUGUCUGCCACGCCAAAGCCUGCUAAUCUUAUGCCUGCUACUCCAGGACCUGCUCACAUCAUGUCAGUUAAGUCAAAGUUUCCUCAUGUCAUGUCUACAAAGUCAAAGCCUGCUCACGUCAUGCCUGCCAAGCCAGGGCCUUCACACAAGAUGGCCGCCACGCCUGAGCCCCCGGCCAAGAUGGCGGCCAUGCCUGAUUCCCUGUAUGGUCUCUACGCUCUCAAACCCAGCAGGCAUCCCACUGUCAUGGAUUUCUUCUCUGCCGGCUCUGCCAUGGCUCCAUGCUUCUCUGGAUCUGAUCCAUGGCCCAGGUCCUCCAUUGAUCCUCAGUCUGCCAUUGCUUCAUGGGCCAGGUCCCCCUCUGCUCUUGUCUGCCACUGCUCCACGGCCCAGGAAAUGGCACACAUUAACCUCAAAGACUUCAUUGUCACUUUUGGCAAAGUUAUCAAAGGACAAAUUUUUAAAGACUCUCAAAAGCGUCAGCCCGAGCCCACCGCGGACGGAGAGCCUGAGCCCAUAGCAACCCACGAGCCAUCGCAAGAAGGAGCGACUGAGCUGGAGAUUGCUCCGGAGCCAGAGCCUCAUCGACCGUCCGAUCAGGUGCGAGAGCCGGCUACAUCGCACGCGACAGUGGAAGUUACAGUGGAGCGUGAGGGUGCUGAAGAGAGCCCCGCCCACUGCACCGCCGCUGAGGUCUCUAACUACCCUGAAUGGCCUACCUACCUGGAUUUCCCACCCACCCUCCCUCUCCUGCCUCCUCCUAUCAUCCCUGCCACUUCAGCCCGGCCACCGCUGCAUCCUGGCAGUCCCUCUGCUCACCCUCAGCCCACCAUCUGUGCGGUGGGAUCGCCGCGGGUCUGCCUGUCUCCAUCGGCAUCAUGGCUGGGGGAUCCCUCGUCUCCGCCUCCAGCCUCUGAGUCCUGGACUCCACCUCGGCCCUCCGACCCAGCGGCUCCACCUCGGCUCCUAGCUCCCUCAUCUCCACCGUCGCCCAUCGGCCCACCAGCUCCACCGGGCUCCUUCGUCCCUCCGGCUCCGCCUUGGUCGGUCAUCAUCCCGCCAUCGCCUCAGGACUCCACUCCUCCGGCUGUGCCUCGUUGCUCCGCCCCACCGGCUCCGUUGGGCUCCUCCCUCCCUCCAGCUCCACCUGGGUCCUCAGUUGCUCCGGCUCCGCCGCCUCCGGCUCCUCCUCCACCUGCUCUGCCGCCGUCGGUCGGCCCCUUGGAGUCGGCGGCCAUUCCUCCUCCAUGGCUCCUCCCUCCGUAG